GCAAGUCACAUCACCGCAGCCAUGGUUCACAUAUUAAAGCGUAUGCGCAAACUACACGAGUUGCUAUGGAUCAGAUGUGGGCCAGGCGCACUCAUACUACCAAAGGAGGUGUCGAAGAUCAGUAUGGAGUUUAGUGCCAAGUUAUACGGAGGACAUCGAGGAGCGAGGAAAUUCUGGCGCGAAAUGCUCCCCCGAAUAAAAUACCGCAACCCCUCCAUCCCCAUCGAAAUAACCCGACACAACGACCCAGACGGCCCCUCCCUCCUCCACAUCUACACCGCGACAAAAACUCAACCAACACAAUCCUCCACCGACUCACCCACCGCCCAACAACCCGCCACCCCGCCUCCAUCCGGCACCCCGAACGCCCGCAACACCCUGACGCCAGACACGUCGAAGCCAACGCACACGAUCGAUAUACGCGAUCAGCAGGAGUCUGAGAUUCUCGAUGCACUUGUUGCGCGCACGGGCGCAGAGCAGAUUCAGCCGACUGAGCUGGAGCUGCAGGAGUUGAAGGAGAUUGAGGAGUUCAAGGAACGGAGUGAGAAGGAUCGGGUUGAGGUUAGGGAGAAGUUGCUCAAGGAGAGGAGGGAGGCGGAGAUGCUCAAGUUGGCUAGGGGGGAGCUGCCGACUGCGAAUUAGGACGCUGGGCUCAACUUUUUCUUGGGUUAUUCUUGAGAGAGGGAGGACGAGGGGAGAAGAAAAUGCCGCUGUAAAUGGCCUUGCUUGGGUUUGUAAGACUAGAUAGAGUACAUGGGAUGUUGUCUGAGAGGUAAUCUGCAUAAGCAUGUUCACGAUGUGGCUUGGAAGAAACUGUAGGAAUUACGUGUAUCGAUUUUUCUCUCAAACGGCAGGUAGCGACAUCGGGUGAGCUGCACGCCCACCUACUAAUGACUACCAAGUAUCCGUAUGCCGUAUUCGCGUACCUGCACAACACAUGCAGCUUCGUUUAGAAAGCCACGCUCGC